GAUGUAUUGACUUAUAUCUAAAAUAUCAGUGUGUAUAUGUAAAUGAAUAUACAUGAACUAUCUUAAAUUUAAAUAAUAAUUUUCAUAUCUUUCACAUAAACCAAUUUGUAGUAACGAAAUUGAUAUGUUCAGAUUCCUGUUAUACGAUAUUAAUCGAUAUUUAUUUAAAAAACAGUAUAUUUAUUCAUUGUGGAUAUCAUCUUGUAUUAUCUGCAGAUGAAUAGUAUUCUCUUUAGAUAAAAGAAAUUUAUCGAUCGUUUGAGGCGCUAAAGACAAGCAUAACAUUAAUAUAGGAGAUCAUAAAUCUAAUGCUUUGAAAAAAUAAAUAUUAUUGAUUAGUAAUUGUGUAGAGGAUAGUAAAUUAAUUUUUUGAGUUCCAUGAAAGAUGGGAGUAGGUAAAAGUCAAUUUUCUGAAGAAGAGUUACAAGAUUACCAGGAUUUGACAUAUUUUACGAAAAAAGAAGUUCUGCAUGCACAUCAAAAGUUUAAAGCACUUGCUCCAGAGAAGGUUGGUCAUAAUAGAAAUGCAAAACUUCCAAUGUCUAAAAUCUUACAAUAUCCUGAAUUAAGAGCAAAUCCUUUCGGAGACCGGAUUUGUAAAGUUUUUAGUUCUAGUCAAGAUGGAGAUUGUACGUUCGAAGAUUUUUUAGACAUGAUGUCUGUUUUUAGUGACGCAGCUCCAAAAGCUGUAAAAGCAGAACAUGCUUUCAGAAUAUUUGAUUUUGAUGGAGAUGAUAUGCUUGGUAUUGGAGAUUUAAGACAAGUUGUAGAUAGACUUACUGCUCCACAAAGAUUAAACGAGACAGAUAUGCAACAGGUUCUCCAAUAUAUACUUGAUGAAGCAGAUUUGGAUGAUGAUGGUGCACUCAGCUUUGCUGAAUUUGAACAUAUUAUAGAAAAAAGUAGCGAUUUUUCAAAAAGCUUUUGCAUACGUUUAUGAGACAUAAAAUAUUGAUGAGAAAAAUAGUAGAAAGGCAACAUAAGACUGAAUAUUAUAUUAAUAUCGAGACACUUCAAUAUAGUCAAUAGGCCUAAUAAUUUUUACCAUAAAAAAAGUAAUUCUGAGAAUUUAAAAAGUGUGUUAAUGUUUCCUGAAGGCCUACUACGUGCUAAAAUUAGCUUCCUUCUUCCAACAUUACGUUAUAUAAUAUUUUACUAUCAUAAAUUAAUGGUACAUGUUAUUUAAUUAAUAUUUUUAUUACUAAUUUUAAAGAAAUAUUAAUAUAUAAUAAUUUCAUACUAAAACAAA